GCCCAGGCGGUGGCGGUGGCCGGGUCUGCGCCUCCUCCUCCUCCUGCGAGGCAGCGCCGGCGGCGGCGGUGGCGGGAGGCCGGUGACCCGGCCAUGACUGCGGAGCUGGAGCAGGACGACGCGGCCGGAGCAGGCGAUGGCCGCGGCUCGAGCUGCCAAAUGCUGUUAAAUCAGCUGAGAGAAAUCACGGGCAUUCAGGACCCUUCCUUCCUUCAAGAAGCUCUGAAGGCCAGUAAUGGUGACAUCACUCUGGCAGUCAGUCUUCUCACAGAUGAAAGAGGGAAGGAGCCCAGUCAAGACACUGUUGCUACAGAACCAUCUGAAGUAGAGCUGAGUGCUGCCAACAAAGAAGCAUUAGCAAAAGUAAUAGACCUUACUCAUGAGAAUAAAGAUGAUCUUCAGGCUGCCAUUGCUUUGAGUCUACUGGAGUCCCCCAAAGUUCAAACUGAUGGAAGAGAUCUUAACAGGAUGCACGAGGCAACCUCUGCAGAAACUAAACGCUCGAAGAGGAAACGCUGUGAAGUCUGGGGAGAAAAUCCCAAUCCCAAUGACUGGAGGCGAGUCGAUGGUUGGCCAGUUGGGCUGAAAAAUGUUGGCAAUACAUGUUGGUUUAGUGCUGUUAUUCAGUCUCUCUUUCAAUUGCCUGCAUUUCGAAGACUUGUUCUCAGCUACAGCCUGCCACAGAGUGUGCUUGAAAGUUGUCCCAGUCACACCGAAAAGAGAAAUGUCAUGUUUAUGCAAGAGCUUCAGUAUUUGUUUGCUCUGAUGAUGGGAUCAAAUCGCAAAUUUGUAGACCCUUCGGCAGCCCUCGAUCUCUUAAAGGGAGCAUUCCGAUCACCUGAGGAACAGCAGCAAGAUGUGAGUGAAUUCACACACAAGCUUCUGGAUUGGCUGGAGGAUGCGUUCCAGCUCGCUGUUAAUGCUAACAGCAAUCCCAAGAACAAAUCUGAAAAUCCAAUGGUGCAGCUAUUCUACGGUACUUUCCUCACUGAAGGGGUUCGUGAAGGAAAGCCCUUUUGUAACAAUGAGACCUUCGGCCAGUAUCCCCUUCAGGUAAAUGGCUAUCACAACUUAGACGAAUGUUUGGAAGGGGCCAUGGUGGAAGGUGACAUUGAGCUGCUUCCUUCCGACCAUUCAGUGAAGUACGGACAAGAGUGUUGGUUUACAAAACUACCUACAGUGUUAACCUUUGAACUCUCAAGGUUUGAGUUCAAUCAGUCCCUUGGUCAGCCAGAGAAAAUUCACAAUAAGCUGGAGUUUCCUCAGAUCAUUUAUAUGGACAGAUACAUGUACAGAAGCAAAGAGCUUAUUCGAAGUAAGAGAGAAAGUAUUCGAAAAUUGAAGGAGGAAGUGAAAGUCCUGCAACAAAAACUGGAAAGGUAUGUGAAAUAUGGCUCGGGCCCAGCUCGGUUCCCACUCCCCGACAUGUUGAAAUACGUUAUUGAAUUUGCUAGUACAAAACCUGCCUCAGAAAGCUCUACGUCUCAGAGUGACACAAGCAUGACAUCGCCACUUUCUCCAGUGCAUUGCCCGGUGUCUGACCUGACAUCCAAGGAAAGCACAAGUAAAGAGAGCUCUUCUCAGGACGUUGGAAGCACCUUUUCUGAAGACUGUCUACACAAGUCUACGCCAGUGACUACGCCACUGGCAUCUUCCCGGUCUCCUGUGUCAAUGCCUGCACACCCGGCUCCCCGAGCAGUCACCGAGGAGGAAAUCAACUUCGUUAAGACCUGUCUUCAAAGGUGGAGGAGUGAAAUUGAACAGGAUAUACAAGAUUUAAAGAACUGUAUUGCAAGCACUACCCAGACUAUCGAGCAGAUGUACUGUGAUCCUCUCCUUCGCCAGGUGCCUUAUCGCCUGCAUGCAGUACUUGUUCAUGAAGGACAGGCAAACGCUGGACACUACUGGGCCUACAUCUAUAAUCAGCCCCGGCAGGUCUGGCUCAAGUACAAUGACAUCUCUGUGACCGAAUCUUCCUGGGAAGAACUUGAAAGAGAUUCCUACGGAGGCCUGAGAAAUGUCAGUGCUUACUGUCUGAUGUACAUUAACGAUAAGCUACCCCACUUCAAUGCAGAGGCAGCCCCAAAUGAAUCAGAUCAGAUGUUAGAAGAAUUGGAAGCCUUAUCUGUUGAACUUAAGCAUUACAUUCAGGAAGAUAACUGGAGAUUUGAACAGGAAGUAGAGGAGUGGGAAGAAGAGCAGUCUUGCAAAAUUCCUCAAAUGGAAUCUUGUACCAACUCAACAUCACAGGAUUUCUCUACACCACAAGAGCCUUCAGGAGCCUCUGCCCAUGGGGUUCGCUGCUUGUCGGCUGAGCAUGCUGUGAUUGUCAAGGAGCAGACCGCCCAGGCCAUUGCAAACACCGCACAUUCCUAUGAGAAGAAUGGUGUUGAAGCAGCCUUGAGUGAGGCAUUCCACGAAGAGUACUCCAGGCUCUACCAGCUUGCCAAGGAGGCGCCCUCCUCCCACAGCGACCCUCGACUGCAGCACGUGCUCGUCUACUUUUUCCAGAACGAAGCACCCAAAAGGGUGGUGGAGCGGACCCUUCUGGAACAGUUUGCAGAUAAAAAUCUUAGCUAUGAUGAAAGGUCCAUCAGCAUCAUGAAGGUGGCGCAAGCUAAGCUGAAGGAGAUCGGUCCGGACGACAUGAAUAUGGAGGAGUACAAGAGGUGGCAUGAAGAUUAUAGUUUGUUUCGGAAGGUGUCUGUGUACCUCCUGACAGGCCUGGAACUCUAUCAAAAAGAAAAGUACCAAGAAGCCCUCUCCUACCUGGUGUAUGCCUACCAGAACAACGCCACUCUGCUGACCAAGGGGCCCCGCCGCGGCGUGAAGGAGUCGGUGAUCGCUUUAUACCGAAGGAAAUGCCUUCUGGAGCUGAAUGCCAAAGCAGCUUCUCUCUUUGAAACCAAUGAUGACCACUCAGUAACAGAGGGCAUUAAAGUGAUGAAUGAGUUGAUCAUUCCCUGCAUUCACCUCAUCAUCAAUAAUGACAUCUCCAAGGAUGACCUGGAUGCCAUUGAGGUCAUGAGAAAACACUGGUGCUCUUACCUGGGGCAAGAUAUUGCAGAGAAUCUGCAGCUGUGCUUAGGGGAAUUUCUACCCAGGCUUCUGGAUCCUUCUGCAGAAAUCAUUGUAUUGAAGGAGCCUCCAACUAUUCGACCCAAUUCUCCCUAUGACCUUUGCAGCCGGUUUGCAGCCGUCAUGGAGUCAAUUCAAGGGGUUUCAGCUGUGACCGUGAAGUAAGCGGUCACGUGUUCAGGGCCUGCCCUGGUCUUUGGUUGCCUGCCCAUUGAACAGAAGUCUGUUACCCAGUGUUUACCUUGGGAGAGGAAUUAGGUGAAAAGGAAGAUUCAGAUCCAGACCCCAACCAUGCUGUAUGUGUAACAAAGGAUUGAAAAUAAAAUUGCACUUUUCAGGAACAGAAUCACUAGCCUGGUUUUCCUGAAAGAGGCAGGAGCAGUGCACUGGGGUGUUGAAUUAUGCGGGAGACCCGAGAUGGCCUGUUCUACCCACGGGAUUGCUUGGGCUUUUCUAAGCCUCUGCCACUUUUUAAAUGAUCCUUCAGCCGUAAAUAUUUUUGACAGCAGAAUAGAAGGGUGAGUCAUUGGAACCUGAACCAGAUGAACAGCUCCUAGUUAUUACAAAUGACAUUUGAAAAUUCUUAACUGCCAGAGAUAAGAAAUAUAAACCUUGCCUGGCUUUUGGCAGGAUGGCAAGUCAGGUUACUGAUAAACCACCGCUCUUUUACGUGUGGGUAGAAUACAAGGUCAUGUGGCCGGAUGAUGUGGAAAAGUCAGAAGAAAGCUGCCUCUCCUUUCUUCUCUCUCUCUCUUAUUUAUAUUUUUAAUGAAACCAGAAAACCUCCUGAGUGAAAGAAAGGAUUUUAGAUGGAAUAACAUUGGGAAACUUGACUAACGGUGGUGGGUUUGUGUGGUGGUUUUCUUUUUCAAAUGGGAAAGUGAGUGUAUGUAAACUCGGGUGUUUCCUGCUGUUGACCCUGUUCUUUUUGGUGGGGGAGCCUUUAUUUUAUUUUACUUUUUUAAUUUAAGUAUAGUUGGUAUACGGUAUUAUAUUAGUUUCAGGUGUACAGUACAGGGAUUUGACACAUAUAUACCCACAAUGUGAUUACCAUACUGAGUCUAGUAACCAUCUGUCAUCAUGCAAACUUACCAAAUAUUAUUGCUAUGUUUCCCUUUACCUGUUUUCACUCAUCCCUCCCACUACCACCAUUCCCAACAAAACAAAACAAACACAGGCCCAUAGAAACAGAGAUCAAACUGAUGGUUAAAGAUGGCCUUUUUAUCAUUGUUAACCAUUGGAUUUUCUAGGACCUGAAAAUUGUCAGAAACAUGUCUAAGGCUGCUGCUGACCCAAAAGAACAUUGUGACGCCCUCUCCCUUUUUGUUUUGAAAAAAUAAAGGACGUGGGUUUGUAAAAAGAAAUCUGUAUGUAUAUGUAGAGAGAGAAAUAUCUCCUGUUGACCAUUUUUAAAAGGCUCCAGUUUGGAUAUCGUGUUUUAACGGAAUUUUCAGAUUAAAGGAAUUGUGGGAGGGAAGAACGCUUGAUACCACUAUGCAGAUUUUAUAAAUGUGCAAUAAAAGAAUUUGUUUUACCUUUGGUGUGCAGUAAGGCCUUUAUUUAAAUAUAUGUCUUCUAUUUUGGAAAUGGAUGGACUUGGUAAGCAUUUGUCAUGUGUCAGUUUUUCUUUUUUAAAAGAAAAAAGGAGACUAAA